AGCAUAUGACAGUAUUUUUGUCGUUUUCGCGCCUAUUGUGCGGCAUUUCUCAUCAUUCCUUCGUAUGUAGCGCAUUUUGUACAGCAACAAAGGUUUUUCGCAUUUUUGCAAAGUGCAAAUUUGAUACUACAUAUUAUAAAUUUCAACAGCAAAUAUAUAAACUUAAAUCAAGAAAUCUUUUGAAAAGACAAGAAGAGAGAUUACCACUGAUUUUACCGUUGCGAUUUUUACGAAGCGAAACGAUAAUGGCGAAGUUGGCGAAACCGGUUGUAGGACGAAAAUCAUUGGAGAACGUUAACGAAGAAGCCGUGGUGUCUUCGUCAAGCGGAUUUUUAAGUGGCGAAGAUGAUGCCGUAACUUCUACAAAAGGUAAAGGACGCGGUCGUAAAGCCAAAAAGGAAUUAGCCAUUGAAGUAGAUGCAAUGCCCAUACAAAAGGUAGUAAAAUCAGCAAAAGCAUCUGGCACGGGGCGAGGACGCAAAAAGUUGUCGAAUGAGGAAGAGAAAACUCAAGCAACACCAGCAGAAAACGCAAUAGUGGAUAAAAAGUCUUCUUCUACGAAAGCUCGAGGGAAAAAGUCUGCUGAACUCGCGACUGUUGAAGGUCAAUUGCUGGCAGAAGUUAAUACAAAUGAAGAAAAUGGUGUAGUGAAGGCGCCACCGAAGCGUGGACGUAAACCAGCUGCAACAAAAGUUGAAGAUAGUGCCACUAACAAUGACAGUGGGCCUGUAAUUACUGCAGCACCAGCUACAAAAGGACGAGGACGUGGGAACAAAGAUGCUGUCGUGGCAGUUGAGGAACCUGAAGCAACGCAGUCAAAGCUAGAGGAACCCAUCAAACAGAAGAAGCCGAAGAAGUCUGCUAAAGAUAUUCCAAUAGAUGAGGGGAAGCAAAAUGGUGAAAGUUCAGAAAUGGCCUUAAAGGAUGUGAAAAAGAAAGCAACUAAAAGGUCAAAAGCCAAAGGCGAGCAAAUUGAAUCAAAUGAGGCAUCGGAGACAGUCGUAGAACCAAAGAAAUCAAAGACAAAAAGAAAGACGCCGCAGCAAGAGCCUAGGGAAGAACAGAAUGGCGAAUUAUUGGAGAAGCCUGUCGAAAAGCCGGUGAAAGCAAGUGCAGCCAAUAAGCGUAAGGCAAAUAAGAAAGCGCCGGAAUUAGAAAAUUCAGUUGAAGCAAGUGAAGUGGUAUUAAAAGUGGAACCUGAGGAGGAAGAUGCAAAACCGAGCCCAAAAAAAAUGUCCAAGAAGGAGCCUAAAGAAAAGAAGCCGAAGGAAACCAAACCAAGAGCAAGAACUACUAAAUUAGAGGAACAGGAACAAUUGGAGAAUGGUAUCUUAGAAAAAGAAAAGCGUCAGCCCCGUAAACGAGGCGCUGCAAAAAAUAUUGCUCCCGAAAACACUGAUGAGACUGAUGGUGCCAAACCGGCUAAAUCAAAGAAAACUGCAGGUGCACUAGUCAAUACGACCGUCACCAAAUAUAACAAAGAGGACUUCCAACUGCAAUCAAGUGAAGAUGGUGCAGAAAAGUUUAAUUUAAAAAUUUCCAGUUGGAAUGUGGCUGGUUUGCGUUCGUGGUUAAACAAAGAUGGUUUAACCUUUUUGGAUUACGAGUUACCAGACAUUUUUUGCUUACAGGAAAUAAAAUGCACUAUAGAUCAGUUGCCGGAGCAGGUUGCACGCAUACCUGGCUAUCAUCCCUAUUGGCUUUGUAUGCCGGGUGGUUAUGCUGGCGUUGCUAUAUAUUCAAAGAUUAUGCCCAUUAACGUUGAAUAUGGUAUUGGCAAUAAAGAGUUCGAUUCGGCUGGGCGUAUGAUCACGGCUGAAUAUGAGAAAUUCUUCUUAAUCAACGUGUAUGUGCCUAAUUCGGGACGAAAGCUGGUAAAUUUGGAGGCACGUAUGCGCUGGGAAAAACUCUUCCAAGAGUACGUUAAACGUUUGGAUGCCAUAAAGCCAGUUGUAAUAUGUGGCGAUAUGAACGUUUCACACCAGGCCAUAGAUCUCGCAAAUCCCAAAACCAAUACACUUAGUGCUGGCUUCACGCAGGAAGAACGUGACAAAAUGACUGAAUUGUUGGCUCUCGGAUUCGUCGAUACAUUUAGGCAUUUAUAUCCGGAUCGCACUGCUGCCUACACAUACUGGACUUACAUGGGAAAAGCACGGUCACGCAACGUAGGCUGGCGAUUGGAUUACUUUAUAGUAUCCGAACGUUUCACUAAACGAGUUUUAGAGAACUGUAUACGUUCACAAGUAAUGGGCAGCGACCAUUGUCCAAUCACAUUGUUUUUGAAAAUGUAAGAGAGGAGAACUCUGUUUUGUACUCUUAAGAAUCGUUCAUGUUUUGUCAACCUACUUUCUAUAUUUUUUAUUGGUACUUUUAUUUGUUGUAGUAAUUUGAUUAAAGCAUCACAAAUGCAUUUCCAUGUCACAAAUAUCUGUCAUUCCAUAUUAGAAGUUGAAUGCAUUUCCCAGUUAAUUGUGUGUUAGUAGCGUAAUUUGUAACGCUGUAGUUGUAGACAAUACUGCUGAAGCAAUUUAAAAAAGAAAGAACUUUCCAUUAGUAUACGUUUUAGGUAUCCUUAACAUCUGUCAUUUCAUAAACCAUAAAUGCAAAAUUUAAUAAAUAAGAGAUGUGUGUAACUAAGAAUAAAAAUUAUGAAAUUUGAAUUGAAAAAAAAAAGAAAAAUAUUGGCCAGUCAAUUGAUCAUUUCGAUUACAUCUGUGAAUGCAGUUAGUGUAUGACCCAAUUUAUAUUUGGUAUGUUUUGACAAUGCGCGAGAUAUACGCUGCUCUGAUAUGUAGUACUUUCUAAGAGCGAGGCUCUACCUAUCUCGUUUUAA